AUGGGCAAGUGCAGGACCUGCGGCAACGACUCCAGCGACUGGGCGGGAUCGAUCAGAGAAACGGCCAACUGCCCAAAGCUCUCGGGCGGAAGAUGCAGAUACUGCACCUGGGCUGGCAACACUCGAGUCAAGUGCUGCCUCGGGAGAUGCGACGGAAAAGGCAACGAACUUUGUACGACCUGUGGUGGUAAGGGGUGGAGGUACACCGGCAACAACAUCUUGUGCGACAAGCCUCAUGCCCCCAGCUCUGGCCGGAGGAGGAGGGGCUAA